UUUAAAGCCCUCGUUUGCAGACCUGCCCCUUGGUCGCCAUCUGCCUCCGAUCCUCCCGCCAGCCUCCGUCUCGCCCCAUCCCCUCGCCUCCACAAUGAAGUUGCUGCAGCUCGCCUCGCUCCUGGCCGUGCCCGCCCUGGUCGCCGCCGAGACCUACUUCAAGGAAUCCUUCUCCGAUGAUUCGUGGUCGUCGCGAUGGGUCCAGUCCAAGGCCAAGGACGACUACGGUGUCUUUACUGUUUCUUCUGGAAAGUUCUAUGCCGACAAGAUCGAGAGCCGCGGUCUCCAGACCUCCCAGGACGCCAAGUUCUACUCCAUCGCCGCUCCCUUCGAAAAGACCAUCGACAACAAGAACAAGGAUCUUGUUAUCCAGUACUCUGCCAAGUUUGAGCAGAACAUCGACUGCGGCGGUGGCUACGUGAAGGUCCUGCCCCCUGGCUUCGAUCCCGAGAACUUCACCGGUGACUCCGAGUACAACAUCAUGUUUGGCCCCGAUAUCUGUGGCUCGUCCAAGCGCGUGCACGUCAUCUUCAACCACAAGGGCACCAACCAUCUCAUCCAGAAGACCAUUGAGCCCGGAAGCGAUGAGCUCACUCAUCUGUACACCCUCAUCGUCAAGCCCGACCAGACCUACCAGGUUCUUGUCGACAACGUCGAAAAGUCCUCCGGCAGCCUGACCGAGGACUGGAGCAUUCUCCCUCCCAAGACCAUCCCCGAUCCUGAUGCCAAGAAGCCCGAGGACUGGGUUGAUGACGAGCUCAUCGACGAUCCUAGCGACAAGAAGCCUGCCGACUGGGAAGACGUCCCCGAGUACGUUGCCGAUCCCGAUGCCGUCAAGCCCGAGGACUGGGACGACGACAUGGACGGUGACUGGGAGGCUCCCAAGAUCCGCAACCCCGACUACAAGGGCGAGUGGACCCCCAAGAAGAUUGCCAACCCCGAGUACAAGGGCCAGUGGGUGCACCCCCUGAUUCCCAACCCCGAAUACGCCGAGGACUCGUCCCUGGGUCACUACAAGUCUGCUUUCAUCGGCUUUGAUCUCUGGCAAGUCAAGUCCGGCACCAUCUUUGACGACAUUAUCGUCACCGACUCGAUUGAGGAGGCCAAGAAGUUUGCCGAAGAGGGCUUUGAGGUCAAGCAGAAGGCUGAGCUCGAGGCCAAGAAGAAGAUUGACGAGGAGGAGGCCAAGAAGGCUGAGGAGGAAGCCAAGAAGGCUGAGGAGGAAGCCAAGAAGGCUGAGGAGGAAGCCAAGGUCGAUGCCGAGGAGCCCAAGACUGUCCGUCUCGAGGCUACCGAGGAGACCACCGAGGAGGUCGAGGCUGAGGAAGUUGUUGAAGAGACCAAGGAGACCAAGAAGGAAGAGGCCAAGAAGGAAACCAAGAAGGAAACCAAGAAGGAGACCAAGAAGGAGACCAAGGAGCCUAAGGCGACCGAGAAGGUCACCAAGGAUGUCCCUGAGCACGAAGAGCUGUAGAUAUCCCACACCCACCACUCAGCCCUCGGUACCGAAUCGAUUUUCCCAUGAGCUGAGCCUCUCUCUUUGUUGCAUGGAUCCUCUCCAUCCCCUGCCUUUGUGACAGGCAAUCAAAUAUACACAAUUUACUUUGACACAUGAA